GCAAGGCAACCUCGUUUCGCAAGCUGCUCGCCGCUUGGAGCUGACGAUUCGAUGUUGUAACCUUCACCUCUUCUCUUAAAUACCUUACCAUAGACAUACCAUCUCUUCAUCGCCGUCGUGUAUCAGAAGGCGGAACAGAACACUGACUGCAGCUCGCGGACGUACUGAUCCGCCGAGGCAAGCAGAUAAGCGGAGUGUUUAGCUUCGUCACCGCCGGUGAGAGCAGCUGUCGUCACGCGAACACGGCAAGGCGGCUGGAGCUCCGUGCCUCCAACCCUCUGAUAGCCUUCCUUCACACCACACCUCCCCCUGCCUUUGCAUCAACCGGCAUCGACCUCCUGCAGUUACACCAGUGCAGAUGGCGGCACCGAACUCCAGUGGCAACGGCCACAACCAUAACAACGUGUCUCCGGAUACGCUCAUCACCAUCAAGAUCUCGGUUAACGAUAACCUGAAGAAGAUCAAGCUGCCUUUGAAGGAGCUGGGCGCGGGUGUGCUGCUUGAGAAGCUACGGAACACUCUAGGCAUCAAGGAUGAGCAGACCGUCAUCUUCGAGCGCUUCUCCGACUCUGCCGGCGGCUACAUCACCCUCAAUCCCAGUAACCCGCAAGUCUUCAAGACACUCAUCCGUGCGGCCAAAGCAAAGCUCAAGCUACGUCUCAAGGCCACGGUGACGCCGAUCGAGCAGCAAGAGCACGAUAGCAAUUUGGCUGCAUCCAAGACUGUACAGCCAGUCAUUGUUCGCUCGCCGGUUUUCCAAGCCAACGGGUCUCGUGACUCCCUGGCGUUCGACGGGCGCUCCGUCGGAAGCGGCAUCUUCCAGUUCCGCGAGGCUCGCGCCUCGCAGCAGACGCUCGUCAACACCGGUGAGGCACCGGUGCCGGGUCCUUUCUCUACCGACCGCAAGGACUUCUUCGACAACCUCGCCAACAGCAGCAAUCUUACCCUCCGUCAGCGUGACUCCAUGGCCACCAUCGUCAACAACCACGGCCACCCAUGGUCGGUCUACUGCAACGAGUGCGAUAAGCCAAUGGCGAACGCUCAUUUCCACUGCAGCAUCUGCGAUGGCGGUGACUACGAUUUGUGUGAGGAGUGUGUUGAUGGCGGCAAGCUCUGCCCAGGUGAGGGUCACUGGCUGAUUAAGCGCUUCAUCGAGAAUGGCAAGGUCAUCAACAGCACGACAGAGCGUAUCUCGCCGCGCAUGAAGAAGCCGAUCAAGGCCGAGCAGGUUGAGAUCAAGCAGGAAAUGCCAGGUGCAUUCGCCGAGGACACUAAGACUCUUCUUGCCGAGGAGCCGCGCAUGCCUACCCGCACGUGCAAUAGCUGCGUCGUUGUGUUGCCAGAGACCGAGUUCGUGACUUGCACUGGGUGCGAGGAUUUCGACCUGUGCAUCGGUUGCCACACGAGCAACAAGCAUGGCCAUCACCCGGCUCACGGCUUCAAGCCCGCCACUGAGGAGACUGUGCUCUCGCUCUCCGCUGAGUCCAUGCUCGCACCAGGCCGCAACAUUAGGCACAACGCCAUUUGCGAUGGCUGCGACAAGACCAUCUAUGGCGUGCGUCACAAGUGCCUGAACUGCCCAGAUUGGGACUUCUGCAAUGAGUGCGUCAAGAACGCCAGCCACAUCCACCCGCGUCAUCGCUUCGCUGCCCUCUACACCCCGAUCGUGGAUGCCAUGCCGAACCAGAUCCGCCAUUACGGGAUCUACUGCGAUGGUCCGCUCUGCAGCAGCAAAUCUGACCCAUCUUACAUCACCGGUGUGCGCUACAAGUGCGCUGUUUGCCACGACACAGACUUCUGCGCCAAUUGCGAGGCGUUCCCGGGCACCGAUCACAACCGCACCCACCCGCUUAUCAAGUUCAAGACGCCGGUUCGCAAUGUCAGCAUCACAACCGAGAACGAGGAUCUUCGCGGCAACGUGCGCAUGAUGGGCGAUCGUCGUGCUGCUCCAGCAGCGUCUCCGGCUCCGACAAGUAGUGCUGCUACCGAAACCACGCCGGUGCAGACGAUGGCCGAGAUCAAGCCGACCGUUGUGGUCAAGCAGGAAGUCGAGCAAGCUCAGCCCAUCCCCAUCAUCCAGUCUGAGGAGCCGAAGAGCGUUUCGAGCGAGGCCGCUGUGACUGGCAGCAUGCUCAACGCAGAGUUCGUCCAUGACACUUUUAAGGAUGGCUCCGUUGUCGCGCCCGGCGUCCGCUUCACUCAAAUUUGGACGCUCAAGAACUCCGGCCCGCACGCUUGGCCGGCCGGGUGCAGUGUCCGCUUUACUGGCGGCGACAACAUGCUCAAUGUUGACAACAAUCACCCAUCCUCAGUCAGCGACAUUGCUGAGGCGUCUGAGAGCAAUGUCGUCGGCCGUAAGGUCGAGGUCGGCGAGGAGAUUGCGUUCAAAGUUGUGCUUAAGGCUCCUACUCGUGUCGGCAAGGCCAUCAGCUACUGGCGCUUGAAGGCUGCUGACGGUACGCCAUUUGGCCACCGUCUGUGGUGUGAUGUGCUGGUGAAGGAUACAGAGCCGGAGACUGGUCGUUCGGUGGACAAGCUAAUGGAUCGGAACAUCCCACAGGGCGACAUGCAGGCUCGAAUGGCUCGCAUGCACGCGAUGCAGAUGCAGCAACGCGCCAUGCAGCAGCAGCAGGCCAUGAUGCGCAGUCACAUGGAAAUGAUGGCGAAGCAGGGUGGGGCUAAGCAGGACCUUCCUGCUCCGCCUCCAGCCUACAAUGAGGUGACGAACGAGACUUUGCAGGCUCGUCUUGCAAUCAUGCGUGCCGAGCAGCAAAGCCGUCGCGCGGCAAUGAUGGCGCAGUUCACUGCUAAGCAGCGCGCUAUGAACAAUCCCGACGUUAGCUCGCACGACGACAACAUCUCUCCAUCACCAAGUGAGAGCGAGAUGGCACGCAAAGAGGCCGCUCGAGCGCGCGUGGAGCAUAUUAAGGCGAAGAUCAUGCGUCAGCGUGAGGAGCGCGCCAAUAUGCUGGAGGCGCAGAAGAUGCAGCAGACGGCCGUGCAGAAGAGCGCCGAGGAAAGCGAAAAGGUGAAGAAGAUCAUCGAGGAGGUCGAGAAGGAGCAGGAGAUGGAGGGUAGCCAGAUGGUGUUCCCGAAGCUCGAGAAGGAAUCGCCGGCCAGCAGCACGUACGAGUCUACCACGAGCUCAAAGGCUAAGCCGGCUUAUGUUGAGAACGAGGCGGAUGAGGUUGAGAGCACUGCUGCUGUGCCUUCAGUCACGGCGGCCACGGCGGCUGUGUCUGAGCCUAGCGUCGCCUCCCCGGCGGAAGUCGAGGGCGACUUCGACUUCGAGGAGGUUGAGGUGCUGAGCGCGUCUGGCGACAUGGUGAGCGAGGAUGACGAUGGCUUCCUCACGGACGAGGAGUACGACAUCCUCGAUGCCUCGGAUCAUGAGACUGUGGCUUCCAAGUAAGCACAAGCAGGCGAAGGCGGGAGGAAGCUGUACGAGAGGGGAAGAUAAGGCUGCUGAGAGACGGACCACGUUGGUGCAGAUUGGGAAACACCGGGUCUCCGCUAAGGUUAGGAGGGAUGUUUCGAUAAGGGCUUGGGCGUUCGGCGGCGUUGAGGUGUGCUUCACGUCCCGGCGCGCCUGCUGUAUAAUGUCGUCGUCCCUCAGUACUUGACAGUAACGAUGUACCACGGUUUACUUAACAUAUUUUGCCGUUUGCUGCUUUAUGGUUACAAAUGCUUGAUACAAUGUGCCAACGUCCUCCGCACCUUCGUAACAGCUUCCGUUGAUGUCGAAGGUUGGUACGAACGUGACUCCAUCAGCUCUCGCCUUCUCAGCCAAAGCGUCAACCAUGGCGUCAACCUGCUCGUUUGCUAGCCAG